CGUGGUGAUGGUGCGCUGUCAGUUCCGAUUCCUCCCUAGAGCGUAUUUGACCUGCAUUUCGUAGCCAUGUCCCUCGCCGCUGUGCCCACCGCCUCGCUGCUCUCGGAGCUGCAGAAGCGCAUCGAAUGCGCCAACAAGAAGGAGCGCCGCACCAUCUUCAUCGGCCCCCCUGGCUGUGGCAAGGGCACGCAGUCGCCCCGUGUGAAGGAUGAGUACUGCCUGUGCCACCUGGCCACCGGUGACAUCCUGCGUGCCGCUGUGGCCGCCGGCACCGAGAUGGGCAAGAAAGCCAAGGCUGCUAUGGAGUCGGGUGCUCUCGUGACCGACGAGAUCGUGGUCGGCAUCAUUAAGGACGCCAUCAAGAGCCCCGACUGCCGCCGUGGUUUCAUCCUUGACGGCUUCCCGCGCACGGUCGUGCAGGCCAAGAAGCUCGACGAGAUGCUCGCUGAGGAGAAUGCUCAGGUGGACGCUGUCGUGAACUUCAACGUGCCGGACAAGGUGCUGGUGGAGCGUAUCUCGGGCCGUCGCGUGCACCCUGCCAGUGGCCGCAGCUACCACGUCAAGUUCGCCCCGCCCAAGGUGGAGGGCAAGGACGACAUCACUGGCGAGCCUCUGAUCCAGCGCAAGGAUGACAACGAGGCCACUCUGGGCUCUCGUCUUGAGGCUUUCCACAAGCAGACGCAGCCUGUGAUCGAUUUCUACCGCAAGCAGGGCAAGCUCACCGAGGUGAACGCCCACACGGAAAUGGACAAGGUCACGGAGCAGAUCCGCAAGAGCCUCGGCUCGGACUAGAUUGCUGUUGUCACUAGAGCAGGCUCGGCUUUGCAUAUAGCUGCACAUGCUUGUAAGCGCUAAGUCGCUGCAGGAUAUUGCGGCUUGAAACUCCAAGCGUCUUUUACCUACAGCUGCAUGAAUAUCGAAUACAAGAUGUCUAGCACUUUGCUGUAACUCUGCUUCA